AUGGCAACCCUGCAGCUUGGUGAGUAUUCCUCCUUCCAGCUUUCCAUCGCCAUCAUCCUUCUAACCUUAACAAUCCGAGUUGGGCUCGGAUUUAUAUCCAGCAGCCCAGCCAGAUCCAAGAAGAAACCACUCCCACCAGGCCCAUGGAAGCUCCCGUUCAUCGGCAACAUCCACCAGCUGGCAACCUCCACGCUGCCGCACCACCGCCUCCGGGACCUGGCCCAGAAGCACGGCCCAGACCUCAUGCACCUCCAGCUGGGCCAGCUGGCCCACGUUGUGGUCUCCAGCCCGGAAGCCGCCAGAGAGGUGAUGAAAACCCACGACCUCACCUUCGCCUCCAGGCCCAACCUCCUCGUCUCCGACAUCGUCCUGUACGGCCGCAUCGGGCCCUACGGCGAGCACUGGCGCCAGAUGCGGAAGGUCUCCGCCGUCGAGCUGCUCAGCGCCAAGCGGGUCGGGUCCUUCCGCCCCAUCCGCGAAUCCGAGGUCGCCAAGCUGGUCGCCGGCAUCUCGUGCGGCGGCGCGGCUGGGGCCGCCGUCAACGUCAGCCGGAUGCUGGCGGCGACGUCCAGCGGGGUGACAUUCAGGGCGGCGUUCGGGAUGGAGAAGGAGGUGAAGGAAGCCCUGUUCGUGAAAUUGGUGACUGACGUCACCGACGCCGUAGCGGCUUUUCGGGUGUCGGAUCUGUACCCGUCUCUGAAGUUCCUGCCGUCGUUGACCGGCUACCGGGCUCACCUUACGAGGAUGCAUCUGGCGGCGGAUGAAAUGCUGGAGGAGAUCAUUGGAGAGCAUAGAGUAAAGCGAGAAGGGAGGAAGGAUUUAGAUGAUGGUGGUGGUUAUGAUCAACAUCAGACGGAAGAUUUAGUUGAUAUUCUUCUGAAUCUUCAGGAGAGCGGUGGGCUUGGAUACCCCAUCACCAUGAACGACAUCAAAGGUGUCAUUUUCGAGGUGUUUCUGGCCGGUACUGAAACUUCAACGAGAACUGUAGAGUGGACUCUGUCGGAGAUGAUAAAGAAUCCAAGAGUGAUGAAAAAAGCGCAAGAAGAAGUGAGACAAAUGUUUAGUGAAGGAGCAGUCAAGGAAGAAGGUCUUCAUAAGCUCAAGUAUUUGGACUGUGUUAUUCAAGAAGGUUUGAGGUUGCACCCGCCACUGCCUCUGCUUCUCCCCAGAGAGUGUCGAGAAAGGGAAGAGAUAUGUGGCUAUGAGAUUCCGAAGAAAACCAAGGUCCUCAUCAAUGCGUGGGCUAUUGGGAGAGACUCUCGUUACUGGACGGAGCCUGAUAAGUUCUAUCCCGAAAGGUUUAUGGAUUCCUCACUCGAUUAUAAGGGAACGAAAUUCGAGUUCAUUCCCUUUGGUGCUGGCAGGAGGAUAUGUCCUGGAAUUUCGUUCGGUGUGGCUCUCGUGAAAAUUAUGCUCGCGAAUUUGAUAUACCAUUUCGAUUGGAAACUUCCAGGUGACGCGAAACCUGAGAAUUUAGAUAUGACGGAACAAUUUUCAGCAUCGGUCAGAAGAAAACAUAAUCUAUCAUUGAUUCCCAUUUCAUAUGAUGCAAUCUCGCACCGAAAGACCAAUUGA